AUGUCCGUCGUCGCCCGCGUCUCUCGCGCGCUCUCGCGCGCGUCUCUCUCUCGCGCGUGCGCGGACGGGCGCGUCGUCGCGAGCGCGAACGCGCUGAGAGAUCACAGCUCCGCCGCGAUGUCGCAGACGGCGACGCCCACGCGUGAGCUCGGCGCGGUGUACACCGAUUGGCGCAAAGAAGAGGUGCGCGCGAUGUACGCCAGACCGCUGCUCGAGCUCGUGCACGACGCGGCGAGAGUGCACCGGAUGCAUCACGACCCGAGGCAGGUGCAGCGGUGCACGCUGCUGAGCAUUAAAACGGGCGGGUGCCCGGAGACGUGUAAUUACUGCGCGCAGAGCUCGUCGUGGAAGGGAGAGACGAAAUUGAAGGCGGAGAAAUUGAUGGGCGUGGAUGAGGUGAUCGAGGCGGCGCGUAGGGCGAAAGAACAGGGGAGCACGAGGUUUUGCAUGGGGACGGCGUGGAGAGGGCCGAGUCAGGUGGGGACGGGACAGUUUGAGCGCGUGUUGGAGAUGACGCGAGAGGUGAAGGAGAUGGGGAUGGAGGUGUGCGCGACGCUCGGGAUGUUGACGCCGGAACAGGCGGUGCAGCUGAAGGACGCGGGAUUGACGGCGUACAAUCACAAUUUGGAUACGAGCCCGGAGUAUUACGGCAAGGUGACGACGAGCCGAAAGUACGAGGAUCGCCUGAACACGAUAGCGGCCGUGCGCGAGGCCGGUAUUUCGGUGUGCUGCGGUGGUAUCUUAGGCCUGGGCGAGGAAGAGGCGGAUCGAGCAAGUUUGAUGACGGUCUUGGCGACGCUUCCGGAGCAUCCCGAGAGCGUUCCCAUCAACGCGCUCGUUCCAGUGGAGGGAACGCCGUUCAAGGAUAUGAAGCCGCCGAGUGGAUUGGAGAUGGUUCGUGCCAUCGCCGUCGCUCGUAUUUUAAUGCCCGCUACCGUCGUUAGAUUGAGCGCGGGGCGAAUCAACAUGACCCCAGAGACGCAGGCCCUGUGCUUCUUGGCUGGAGCGAACAGCGUCUUCACCGGCGAUAAGCUCUUGACGACGCCAAACAACGAGAAGGACGAAGACGCGUUCUUGUUCGAGGAGCUUGGUCUGGAAGGAAGACCGGCGUUUGUGCCGUACGGCGCCGGUGGUCCGUCGAGCGACGGCAGUGAGUGGACCGAAUCCAUGCACCGCCAAGCUCAACAGCAGCAGAAACAUUAA